CUCUCGGGGAAACCAGCGGAAGUUAAUGUAAAGGAAAUAAAUGUACAUUCGUGGAAUGUUAACUCUGAAAUAGCAGAGAGAAGCGGACAGAAGGGGGUCACAAAAUGCACCAUGAGUUUCAGUACUGGCUAAUUUUGUUCGGGUGAAGCAGUCUAAAUGUGAAUAGAAAUGGCAUUAUCAGAAGGAAAAGUUCACCGGUCACAACAAAAGCAUCAGGUUAACAUCACUUAUGUUAACUAUUUACAUCUCGACAACUUAUGUGCAAGCAGACAGACACAGCAAUGUUCUUAUACAGCAGGGUGAUGGCAGGAUCUACAAGGGUCAGAAGGGAGAACCGGGGGACGUCCCACUUGUGACCGGUAUCAGAGGACGCCCUGGACCUAUGGGACCUCCCGGCUCUCCAGGAGAAAGAGGAUCUCGAGGAAACAAAGGAAGGCCUGGACUGCGGGGCCCUGCAGGUUAUGAUGGAGAGCCUGGUAUACCCGGUCAGCCCGGUGAACCAGGACCACCAGGACAUCCAACACACCCAGGGGGUCUGGGAGCCAUGACCGGAGGAUUUGAUUCAAAAACAGGACCUCAAGCCAUGCUCAGUGGCACAAGGGGGGAGUCUGGAACAAGAGGACCUCCUGGGCCAAAUGGCUCACCUGGUCAAGCUGGACCUCAAGGACCUCCUGGAGAUGUUGGGGAUCCAGGACACAUGGGGCCACCUGGGCAAAGGGGACCUGAGGGCCCUUCAGGGAAACCAGGCGAAGAUGGAGAACCAGGCAAGCCAGGAAACAGUGGAGAAGUUGGAUUCCCUGGAUCAGCAGGAUCCAGAGGAUUUCCAGGUACACCUGGGCCUCCUGGUCUGAAGGGGCACAGGGGCCACGGUGGACCCAUUGGACAAAAAGGUGAAACUGGAGCUGUUGGAUCAAAGGGUGCUACAGGCCCCAGUGGUCCAAUGGGAGCACCUGGACCCAUGGGUCCUGCUGGGAUGCCAGGAGAGAGGGGGCGCUCUGGACCCAGUGGUAUAUCGGGCAAGCGUGGUUCACCUGGAAACGUCGGAAAACAUGGUCCAAUGGGUCCCUUGGGUCUCAGCGGCCCACCUGGUUAUCCUGGAACCCCAGGAAUGAAGGGACAACCUGGCCCGACAGGAGUCCGGGGUCCAGAGGGCCCACAGGGACAGAGAGGAGAGACUGGUCACCAGGGCAGAGCUGGACCAGUUGGCCAAAGGGGACCCAUGGGUACAGAUGGAGGCCCAGGUGCCAAAGGACCAGUGGGUAAUCUUGGUCCACAAGGUCCAGGCGGCCAUCUUGGACCUCCUGGCCCACCAGGACCUCAGGGAAGCACCGGUCAGCCUGGUAUCAAAGGACAAUUGGGUGAUGUUGGUGUUCCAGGUUUUAAAGGAGAGGCUGGACCUAAAGGAGAACCUGGUCCACCAGGCUCCCAGGGAGUGAUUGGACCUCAAGGUGAAGAAGGAAAGCGAGGGCAACGUGGAGACCCCGGCUCUGUGGGCCCUCUAGGUCCUGUUGGCGAGAGAGGAUCUCCUGGUAACAGAGGAUUCCCUGGUGCUGAUGGGCUGCCAGGACCUAAGGGUGCUUUAGGAGAUCGUGGAACAUCUGGCCCACCAGGACCAAAAGGUUCCCUAGGAGAUCCUGGGCGUACAGGAGAACCUGGUCUACCAGGUGCAAGGGGUCUUACUGGUACCCCUGGAGUGCAGGGAGCAGAGGGCAAGCCAGGACCACUGGGUGCCCCAGGUGAAGAUGGUCGUCCAGGCCCUGCAGGGUCGAUUGGAAACAGAGGACCCGCAGGAAUCAUGGGAGUGUCAGGCCCCAAGGGCUUCAAUGGUGACCCAGGAAAGACAGGUGAACAAGGAUCUGCAGGAGUGGCAGGUCAAAGAGGUCCUCCUGGAAAAGAUGGAGAAGUUGGCCCUGCUGGUCCCCCUGGUCCCUCUGGUGUUGCAGGAGACAGAGGAGAGCAGGGCCCUCCAGGCGUAAAUGGAUUCCAGGGUUUGCCUGGAAAUCAAGGCCCUCCUGGAGAACCUGGAAAACCUGGCGACCUUGGUGUUCCUGGAGAGGUCGGUGCUGUGGGAGCAAUUGGACCAAGGGGAGAGCGUGGAAUUCCUGGAGAGAGAGGAGAACUUGGUGCAGUUGGUCUACAGGGGCCUAAGGGUAUUCCUGGUGCACCCGGUCCAGAUGGGCCAAAGGGCAGUCCUGGUCCUCCUGGUGCACUCGGUGACAUGGGUCCUCCAGGUCUUCAGGGAAUGCCAGGAGAGAGAGGAAUCUCUGGUCCUCCUGGGCCUAAAGGUGACAGAGGCACAAUUGGUGAGAAAGGAUCAGAAGGUACAGCUGGAAAUGAUGGUGCAAGAGGAGCUCCAGGCCCUGUUGGCCCACUAGGAUCUGCGGGACCCAGCGGUGAGAAGGGAGAACCUGGACCCAGAGGACCACAUGGACCUCCCGGAUCCAGAGGAGGGCCAGGAUCAAGAGGUGACCCUGGUCCGAUUGGUGCUGUCGGAUUUGCUGGACCUCCUGGUCCUGAUGGCCAACCUGGAGUCAAGGGAGAGGUUGGAGAACCAGGCCAGAAGGGAGAUGCUGGAUCACCAGGACCUCAAGGUUUAGCUGGUGCUCACGGACCUCCUGGGCCAGGUGGUGUUGCUGGGCUGAAAGGUGGAAGAGGAACACAGGGUGCACCAGGCCCCACUGGAUUCCCAGGAUCUGCAGGAAGAGUUGGCCCACCCGGCCCAACUGGUCCACUUGGAGAACCUGGACCCCUUGGACCUCCUGGGAAAGAGGGUCCUCCUGGUCUUCGUGGAGACCAUGGAUCCCCUGGGAGACAAGGAGAGAGAGGACCAGCAGGACCACCUGGCAGCCCAGGAGACAAAGGAGACUCUGGAGAAGACGGACCCACGGGUCCUGAUGGUCCUCCUGGCCCAGCUGGAACUACAGGACAGAGAGGCAUUGUGGGUCUUCCUGGUCAGAGAGGAGAGCGCGGGAUGCCAGGCCUUCCAGGACCAGCGGGACCACCAGGAAAACAGGGAUCUGCAGGUCAAUCUGGAGACAAAGGGCCCCCAGGUCCAGUCGGUGUUCCUGGUGCUAAUGGACCUCGUGGUGAUCCUGGUCCUGACGGCCCUGCAGGAUCCGAUGGCCCACCAGGCAAAGACGGUGUUCUUGGACAAAGAGGAGACAGAGGAGACCCUGGUCCAGAAGGUUUGGUUGGUCCACAGGGACUCCCUGGCACUCCAGGUCCUGUUGGUGCAACGGGUGGUCCUGGAAGGAGAGGAGACGCUGGCUCAAGAGGACCUGUUGGCCCGCCUGGCUCAGCUGGAAAGAGAGGAUUAGUGGGACCUCAAGGACCUAGGGGAGAUAAGGGUGACCUGGGUGAUCAUGGAGAGAGAGGGCAGAAGGGACAUCGAGGAUUCACUGGUUUGCAGGGUCUUCCUGGACCUCCAGGUACGACAGGUGAGCAGGGAACUUCAGGAAUCGUUGGACCAAGUGGGCCGAGGGGGCCUCCCGGACCUAUUGGACCACCUGGAAAGGAAGGACACACGGGACAGACAGGACCGAUGGGACCUCCUGGAACACGUGGACUCAGUGGAGAGAUUGGACCAGAGGGCCCUCCAGGAGAGCCUGGACCCGCAGGCCCCCCUGGUCCCCCAGGACCUCCCAUGGCUGCCAUGGAUGACCUCUUCGGCGGCCCUCAAGAUUACGACUCUGGCCCUCCUCCUCCUCCUGAGUUCAGCGAGGACGAGGCUAUGCCCAACAGCAACUCCUCCACCAUCGUGCCCGUGGACCCGAGCAUUCAGGCCACGCUGAAGGCCCUCAGCAGCCAGAUCGACAGCAUGAAGAGCCCUGAUGGCAGCAAGAAACAUCCUGCCAGGACCUGUGACGACCUGAAGAGAUGCUACCCCAUGAAGAAGAGUGGGGAAUACUGGGUGGAUCCAAACCAAGGCAGUGUAGAAGAUGCCAUCCAAGUGCACUGCAAUAUGGACACCGGAGAGACCUGCAUCUCCGCCAACCCAUCCAGCAUACCUCGUAAAGUGUGGUGGAGCUCUUCCAGGAACAAACCUGUGUGGUUCGGCGCUGACAUCAACAGAGGAACACAUUUCGCUUAUGGCAACAAGGAUCAGGCCACAAACGCCGUCACUGUUCAGAUGACCUUCAUCCGUCUGCUGUCCAAGGAGGCGUCUCAGACCAUCACCUACCACUGCAAGAACUCUGUGGGCUACAAGGACGAGAAGAAUGGCAACUAUAAGAAAGCUGUGAUCCUCAAGGGCUCCAACGACCUGGAACUCAAAGCAGAGGGAAACAAUCGCUUCAGAUACACAGUGGUGGAGGACUCCUGCUCAGAAGCAAAUGGCAACUGGGGCAAGACAGUGUUUGAGUACAGGACACAGAAAACAGCAAGACUUCCUAUUGUGGACAUUGCCCCUGUGGACAUUGGUGGCUCAGAUCAAGAGUUCGGUGUCGAUAUCGGGCCAGUGUGCUUCUUGUAAAAUCGUCAGCAGGGAUGUGUCGAAGAGAAUCCUGAGACUAUUGAACUGACAGCUGACGCGAUCAGCCACAUUGUACAUACGAGUACUGAGGACUAUUCUGGCCCUGUGGCAAGAUAUUUAUUGUGCCUUUCAACCCAGUUCAAGACAUCGAAGAUUUGUAAGUCAGAAUGAAUGUUUGGAAAAUUGCAUGAAAUAAUUGGUAGAAAAUCAGAAUCAUUCCUCUGUCUUGUGUAUGUUUGACCUGAAGCUCGAUGGAUUUCGAGGCUUACGACGGUGUAGUUUGGUCCAAAGAUCUUUAAUUUUAUUUCACAAAACCAAAGAUUUAUGAAUAUGAAAAGCUUUAAAAUGGUAACUGCUGUUUAUAGGCCCAGAAAAAUCCCACUAAACGUUGUCCUUCCACUACUAUUUUCUACAGAUUUGUCUAUUCCUUUUUUUUUUUGUUUUGUUUUUUUUUUUGUUUUGUUUUGUUUCUUUUAAAUGUUUGAAUAUAAAAACAAGACUGUGGUGCUAUUGAGGAAACAAAUACAGCAGGUGAUACAUUCACUGGCACAGGUAUUUUUUCUCAAGACAGUUUUGAUGAACCAAUGUCUGUAACCAGUUAUUUCUGAAACUCUGUACCGACCACGUACAACAUUAAAGACACAUUAAGACUGUCGAUUCCUCAGUGUUAGCUACCUCGUCACCGAAAAACUGAGAAACGAUGACACUACAUGUAAAUCUUUGUUCACAGGUGCUGUUUUGUAAGUAGUGUGAUCCUUGUGCACUCCUCCCAGCUGCGCGGUAGGGCAGGGUUUGGGGAUACCAAUAAAGAUCUUUCUGUCAACAACGGACAGAUGAAUGAGGUGU